GAAUGUCUGAUCAGAAAAUUGUCACUCCCAAGUCCUUCAACCCCUUCUCUUCACCUCGUCCAUGGCCGAUCACGAUCACAGUGAUGAACACCACCACCACCAUCACCGCCCACACCGCCUAUCACUCCCACCGCGCACCACCGAUGCCACCAGUACUGUAAGAACCCCCCUCUAUCCCCCUGCAACACCCAUCCCCACCCCCUCCAAAAACCGGGUCUCUGCUACUCCCUUCAAAUCUUUUUCUUCCACCACCAAGACUUCAUCCUUCUCCUUCCUUUUUCUUCUCCUCUUCUCCCUCCGUUCUCUCUACUCUCUUCUCCCUUUCCUCCGUUCCUCGCCGUCCUCUUUUUCUAUCUUCCCGUUCUCCUUCCUCGUCUCCCUCUUCUCGUUCCUUCUCACUCUGUUCUUUUCUAUCUUCACCUCAGCUUAUUCUUCUUCUGCUUCCUCUUCUAGAGACCCUUUCCGCCAAAAGCAUCGCCAGCCCAUUUUCGCCCUCACCUCGUUGACUCAAUCUCAACACAAGCUUCUUUUAGCCAAGUCCGUCCUUCAGGCUGUGAUAUUCCUUCUCAGAUUCCAAGCUCUCAGAUAUUGCGGCACCGCAGCAAUGAUUCUGGCGGAAUUAUCCGGAAAUGUGGCUGCGCGAUCCAUUGCGGGUGGAAGAAAAAAUCGAAAGUUUGCUGAUUUGAACAAGGUUGGAUCAUCUAAAAUUGGUGGAUUUAUAGCUUUGUUCUUAGGUCUACUCUUUUUAUCUGUAAGCUGGGACAGAAUCGAAUGUUUUCCUUUAUCUUCAGUGAAUGUUAGUAAGCUAGGAAGUUCUGUACUGGCUAGUGGGAAUUGUGUUAGGGUUUGGCCUAUGUUGCUCCCCUUCUUUUCCGGAUUUUUGGGAUGCUACGAAGGGAUUUCAAUGAACCCUGCAUCUAUAAGGGAAAUCGGGCAAAAACAGUUCUGUUUGGAGUGCUUUUGAGUGAGAACAGCGCAGAUGAGAAACCAAUGGCAUCAAAAGACUUUCAGAGAGAGUAUGAAGUCACUUAUGUGUGUACUCUUAUCUUGGAAUUGUUUUAUUUUCCAGAACUAUCACUCUGGGGAUUGUUGAUAUGUGGAUUCUUGAUCUGGAUAGCUGUUAGAAAUUUAGAUCCUGUUUAUUCUAAUUAUCCUGAGUUAGGUUUGCAAUCAUCUGAAUCAUUAGACAUUUCUGUUAUGAACCCCCUUCGCCACAUCUUGAGUGAAAGAAAGUCAAGAAAGAUUGCUCUUUUCCUCUUGAUCAACACAGCAUACAUGGUUGUGGAAUUCAUUGCAGGGUUUAUGAGUAAUAGUCUUGGUUUGAUAUCAGACGCUAGUCACAUGUUGUUUGACUGUGCUGCCCUUGCCAUUGGACUAUAUGCAUCUUACAUAUCCCGGUUGCCAGCUAAUGUCCAGUUUAACUAUGGUCGAGGGCGGUUUGAGGUACUCUCUGGAUAUGUCAAUGCUGUUUUCUUGGUACUAGUUGGAGCUUUGAUUGUUCUUGAAUCAUUUGAGAGGAUUUUAGACCCUCAGGAGAUUUCUACUAACAGUCUGUUGACUGUGUCUGUUGGCGGGCUUCUUGUUAACGUGGUCGGCUUGAUUUUCUUUCAUGAGGAACAUCAUCAUGCCCAUGGUGGGUCUGGAUCAUGUGCACAUUCCCAUUCCCACCAUCAUUCACAUGAUGAUAAGGAAGACCACAGCACUGUUGUCCAACACUGCCAUGAGCAAUCAUGCUCUAGCCACGAUAACCAUGAAAACUUUGACUUAGGGCAUGUUUCGAUCUUGGAUAAUGAUAGGGAAAGGAGAGGAACUGGUGCAUGUUCCCAUUCCCACCAUCAUUUGCAUGAUGAUAAGGAAGAACACAUCACCGUUCUCCACCACUGCCAUGAGCAAUCAUGUUCUAGCCAUGAUAACCAUGUAAACAUUGACUUGGGAAUUAGUCAGGUUCCAAAUGGACCCUUAAAGAGUGCAGAAAAAGAGAAGCCUCACCAUCAUGACCACCACCACCACAUUGACCAUAACAUGGAAGGCAUAUUUUUGCACGUGCUAGCGGACACGAUGGGGAGUGUGGGGGUGGUUAUUUCAACACUAUUGAUUAAAUACAAAGGGUGGCUUGUUGCGGACCCCGCCUGCUCGAUAUUUAUAUCAAUAUUGAUAGUUUCUUCAGUUAUCCCGCUGCUGAGAAACUCAGCAGAAAUUCUGCUGCAACGAGUUCCCAGAGGUCAUGAGGGUCACUUGAAGGAAGCUAUAGGCAAUGUUAGGAAGAUGGAAGGUGUGUGCGGCAUCCAGAGCCUGCAUGUUUGGAGCUUCACAAACACUGACAUUGUUGGCACUGUCCACCUUCACGUCUCAAAUGACACCGACAAGAUUGCUGCAAAGAAUAAAGCAUCAGAUUUGUUACACGAUGCUGGUAUAAAAGACUUGACCAUCGAGGUUGAAUGCAUCAAAGGGUAGCUAAACAGAACUGUGUGUGUUUAAUGGAAACAUUCUUUGCUUCCACCAUCUCUAUUUAAGUCAGACAAAUAGGAUAAAAUAUGUUGUAGAAUUUUGUAAUCAAAGUGUAAUGAACAUGAAGUUAGUUGGAUUCUUCGAGACA